GAUGAUUUCCUAAUAGGAGGUUGAAUUAAUAAAUAAAUAUAUAAUUGAAUCAACUGGGACAUUAGAAAAUAUGCAGAAGAUGUUUAUAAAAAAAUUUGAAUCAGAGCCAAAUCCAUAUCCUUACAUUUAUUAGGGAUUGUGUGAUAAUGUAAGAAUUUGUACAAAUCUAGAUAUUUACAAAAGGAUAAAGAUUAUUGAGUAUCUAUUUACUUUAUAAUUCUGAAUUAAGACCAUGUUUAUAAGAUAUUUACAUCUUUACAUAGAAUGAUUUUGAGAGAAAAUUUAUUUAAGAUCCUCAAAUUGUAUAAUGAUUUCAUUAAGACAUUUAAGAUAGUAUGCUGGCAUUACAAUUAAGACCCUGCUUGAAGAAUAAGAUAAAUUUUAAUCCAAUGAAAAAACAAGUUUAAAAGAUUAACCUUAUAAUUAAACUUCUUAAAAUAAAAUUAGGAAUUGUGUUUCUAUUAAUAAUAAUAAUCCCCCUUAGUAAAAAUUCAUAUAAUUCUAGAAAAACAAAAUACAUGAUUUUAUAAUAAAAUGGAUAUGAAAUUGAUUAUUUUAGACCCAUUCCAAUAAUUAUUUAAAAUAGAUUUGAUUGGAUAGAUAUACAUGAAGUAUCUGAUACUAUAUGGGAUUAUUCAUUAUCAAUAAAUUCAGAUAAAUUGAGUCAAAUAAAAGAAAUCAUGUCAAAAGCUCAUAUUGAAUAAAUCACAGAAUAAGAAUUUUAAGUAUAAAAAAAAUUUAUUAUAGUAAUUUUAAGAAUAUUUAAAGAAAGACAAUUACAAUUUAUUAAAAAAUAAUGGUCUAGCAAAUUUUAAUCUAAGUGAAUUAAUUGAAAAAAACUUAAACUUAGCAUUUUUUUUGUUUACUAGAUAUUUUCCAAACCCAGAAUUUCUAGAGUAAAUUUAUAAUUAUAUUCUGAGUUUAAUGGAUAUUUUAGUCUAAAUUGAUGUAACACCAAAUGGUUUAGAAAUCAUGUGCAUGAUCGUUUAAUAAUUUCAUAUUCCUUAGGAGUAUUUAAAUUAUUAUAUUAAUUACUGCAUACAAUUUUGUUAGAACAUUAAAGUUAUAUGAUUUAUAAAUUUAUAGGAAAAAGGUUAACAAGUAAGAAUGAUUAAAUAUCUGACCAUUUUCUUAAAGCAUUUAAUAAAUAAAAAAAUGUAUAAAACCUCAGAUUUAGUAACAGAAGUAAAUAAUUAUAAUUAUUAUUUAGCUGUAAGCAUUUUCAAUCGAAUUUUCAAAUAUAGGAGAAACUUCAAGUUUAUUCAAAUUAAUAAAGAGUGAAUAAUCAUGA